CCGCUAAACAUCCAUACUUAUGGCACAGGGAAUUUUGUGGAUCUGAAGAAAGUAGUGACCAAAAAAUAACCGAGGAACAUGUUCUUUUCGUUUCAAUUCUACGAGAAAUACUGACGAAUUUUAUAACUCCUUACUCUUCGGAGAGACAGAUAUUUGAAUUUCUUGAUGGAGAAUUCACAAGAUUUAUGCAGCACAGAGGGAGAUGGGGAUGGACGGAAGGAUGUGGCUUCCACUUCUUACACCACCGCAUGCGUCGGCGCUGCGUAUCGGUUGUUUGGACGUCAAGAGUCAGUGCACAAUUGCUUGGGCGGCUGUCAAGCUGCUGAUGUUUUGUUGUGGAAGCGGGGACGUGUUUCUUUCGGCGCUAUCAUUGUUUCUACAGUUUCUUGGCUUGUGUUUGAGCGGUCUGGAUUAUCAUUCUUAUCAAUUUGUGCAGACGUCUUGCUGAUUUUGGUUGUACUCUUAUUCCUUCGUGCCAACUAUGCUGUUUAUAGAAAUAAACAAUUGCAAACAUUACCGGAGUUAGUAAUAUCAGAGGAAAUGGUUAACAAUGCUGCAGCAUCGUUUCGUGUUAAAAUCAACAAUGUGCUGCUUAUGGCUCAUGAUAUCACUCUUGGCAAAGAUUUUAGACUGUUUUUCAAGGUGGUGGUUUGGCUGUGGCUCUUCUCCGUCAUUGGAAGCUUUUUCUCCUUCUUUACACUUGCUUAUAUCAGUUCAAUCUUAUCAAUAACACUUCCUGCCUUGUACAGCAAGCAUGAAGAAACCGUGGAUGGGUAUUACGGAAAGAUCCACCGGCAGUUUUCAAAGCAUUACAAAAUCGUGGACGAGGGUGUUUUUAACAGAGUCCCCAGAAAUGUACCAAGGGACAAAGAUUCCUAAUCCGGAAAAUUUAGAUUCAAACUCUGUGUCAUCAGUAGCAUACCGUUGAGUUUGGGAUUUUGUUAUAAAGAUCGAUAUGUUACAAGGCCUAGCGGAUUUUUUCC